AUGAAUCAACAAGCAACGCCCGAAGUCCAACCCACUGACGUAGACCACCGCCGGCUCUUCUACGAACCUAUCGUUCUCGAGUAUGCCUUGCAAGUAGCUUGCCGUGCCGGUCAAGAUGUCUUCAACGGUAACCCGAAGGUGGAGAACGAUUCCCUUGCGACGCAGGCUCAGGUCUUUCGCUCCUUUGUGGAGAAGCUUGCUCAGAUAUGCGACAAUGAACGUGGUGGCCAAACGGUCACUUCAUUCACCGUCCUCGAGGGAGAUGACGGCCCAGAUUUUGUCUUCGCGUCCAACCACAGAGACGCCGAUGAGCUGUCUGAUACUCAGCAGUUCGCUGAAGAUUUACUUACUCUUGUAGGCAAGAAUCCCACUGGUCUCAAGCCCAAGGCCCUCGCCAAGCAGGUCCUUUGGAAGAUACUGUUGUUCAAUCUGCCACGUCUAGGCAUCUAUCUAGACAAUGCCGUCAAAUACUUAGAUGCUUGUAUUGACGAUUGUGACAGACGGGAGGCUACGGAAGUCCUCAAGUCGGAACUUCUGACUCUGAAGGACAAGGCAGAUUUUCCACGGGAUCUUACAUCCGGAAGCGUUCAAGACAAGUGGGUUAUGGCUAUCAAGAACACUCAGAUCGAUCAGGCCAUCAUGAGAAACGCCAAGGAUGGAGAAAUCUCCGAGUCAAAGUCCUGGUCCGAGUUGCGGCACUAUCUUGGGCGACUGCUCUCCUUCCGUCAGGCAGCAGAUGCCAUGAUUGGUACUCAUGAGCGCCUACCGAAGCUGUUUCAAGACUUCAAGUUCACUGCUGUCCCGUCAAGCGAAGAUGGUGCAAGACCAAUGACAAAAUCCAAGUCUAUCACCGCGGCAUCCAUAAUCAAGAACAUGAUUCCAGAUGAUGAAGAAGAGGAGCGACAAGAAUUCCUUCAGCAUGCCGUCGAGAUGCAAAAGUUCGGUCUGGAUAGCAUCAUCCAGAGGCAGAUCGGCAAGCGCACCUUCAGGCCGCGUGUUCACGCUGAAAUACUCGUUCACAGCUAUCUGCUGAGCAGAGACCUGCAGCAUCCAAGAGACUACUUCAACAGCUGGAAGUACAUUGGCAGCAGCAAGCCUACUUGCAGGCUGUGUAACUAUUACUUCGGCGCGCACCCUGAUCGCAUGCAAGUGAGGAAGAGUCACUUCAACCUCUAUCCAAACUGGCGUCUCCCGGGAGUCUUUGAGUGUGCCGACUCUAGUGUGCCCGACGCCAAGACUCAGCGGUUGCUUGACAAAAUCACGGAGAACAUGCAUGAUGAUGUGAAGAGAACACUGGAAGAGAAGCGGCCUGUGGGAAAGAACCAUGAUUCGAACACUCUCACCACACUGCCGGAGGGCUUAGCUGGGUAUCCGUAUAGUGAUACCGCGAGCGUCAGCGAGGCUGCUGCUCGAAUGGAUGAUAUGGAAUUGAAUGCUAGUGCCGAUGGCGAGAGUGAUCUGGUGGCCGACUACGGCGAUGAUGGAUUCAAUCUGGUUGGAGAAGCGGAUGAAGAAGUAGUCGGGAACACAAGUGGAGGUGCACCAUUGAACGCUAUGCGUACACAGAUUGCAGCUUGA